CAAGGGAGGGGGGGGCUUCAUUUCCUGACAGCUAUUUACUUAGAGCAAAUGAUUAGUUUUAGAAGGAUGGACUAUAACAUUGAAUCAAUUACAAAAAGCGGUUUUUGAGCCCAUUACAGUUGGAGCUAGAGGGAGAGAAACAGAGGAGGGGACGACUACAGGAGAGGACUGGAGGCCGUGGAUACACUUUUUACUCCAUAUGUAGGAUUUUCAUUGCGAAUUGACAGAGGAGGAGAAGCAACUGGGAUUUGAGGAAUUUCGAACUGCGCUCCAAGGGGCCCUCAUUGUGCGCUGUGGUCCCCACCCCCACCCGUCUCUGAGCGCCCCCUUUCUCGGUGGAAUCCUUUCUGCAAAAUCCGGGGUUCUGCUGCUGCCCAGUGCUGGCCUCAGGGAGUAAGGAAGGAAGGUCGCCAGAAAAGUGCCGAACUUCUUGUGGGGAAGUUAGGGACGACUCGAAACGGAGAAACUUGGUUCCCAGUUUUCCAGAACUAUGGGGACUUCCCAUUGGGCCCUCCUGGUCUUAGGCUGUCUCCUCACAGGGCCGAGCCUGAGCCUCUGCCAGCUUUCAUUACCCUCUAUCCUCCCCAAUGAAAAUGAAAAGGUUGUGCAGCUGAACGCAUCCUUUUCUCUGAGAUGCUUCGGGGAGAGUGAAGUGAGCUGGCAGUACCCCAUGUCUGAAGAAGAGAACCCUAACGUGGAAAUCAGAAAUGAGGAAAACAACAGUGGCCUUUUUGUGACGGUCCUGGAAGUGGUCAGCGCCUCAGCGGCCCACACAGGAUUGUACACUUGCUAUUACAACCACACGCAGACAGAAGAAAGCGAGAUUGAAGGCAGACGUAUUUACAUCUAUGUGCCAGACCCAGAUGUAGCCUUUGUACCUCUAGGAAUGACAGAUUAUUUGGUCAUCGUGGAGGACGAUGAUUCUGCCAUCAUACCCUGUCGCACCACUGAUCCUGAGACUCCGGUGACCUUACUUAGCAGUGACGGGGUGGUCCUCGCCUCCUAUGACAGCAGACAGGGCUUUAACGGAACCUUCAGCGUCGGGCCCUAUAUCUGCGAGGCUACCGUCAGAGGGAAGAAGUUCCAGACCAUCCCAUUCAACGUUUAUGCUUUAAAAGCAACAUCAGAACUUGAUCUAGAAAUGGACGCUCUUAAAACUGUAUAUAAGUCAGGGGAAACGAUUGUGGUCACCUGCGCCGUCUUUAACAACGAGGUGGUUGACCUUCAGUGGACUUACCCCGGAGAAGUGAAAGGCAAAGGCGUCACAAUGCUGGAGGAAAUCAAGGUCCCGUCCAUCAAACUCGUGUACACCCUGACGGUCCCCGAGGCCACGGUGAAAGAUAGUGGAGAUUAUGAAUGUGCUGCCCGCCAGGCCACCAGGGAGGUCAAAGAAAUGAAGAAAGUCACCAUUUCUGUCCAUGAGAAAGGGUUCAUUGAAAUCAAACCCAACUUCAGCCGGCUGGAAGCUGUUGACCUGCAUGAAGUCAAACAUUUUGUGGUGGAUGUGCAGGCCUACCCACCUCCCAGGAUAUCCUGGCUGAAGGACAACCUGACUCUGAUUGAAAAUCUCACCGAGAUCACCACCGACAUAGAAAAGAUUCAGGAAAUAAGGUACCGAAGCAAAUUAAAGCUGAUCCGUGCAAAGGAAGAAGACAGUGGCCAUUAUACCAUUGUAGUUCAAAAUGAAGAUGAUGUGAAGAGCUAUACUUUUGAACUCUUAACUCAAGUUCCCUCAUCUAUUCUGGACUUGGUCGACGACCACCAUGGCUCUACUGGGGGACAGACUGUGAGAUGCACAGCGGAAGGGACACCUCUGCCCGACAUUGAGUGGAUGAUUUGCAAGGAUAUUAAGAAAUGUAAUAAUGAAACUUCGUGGACGAUUUUGGCCAACAACAUCUCCAACAUCGUCACGGAGGUCCACCCCCGAGACAGGAGUACCGUGGAGGGCCGAGUGACAUUCGCCAAAGUGGAGGAGACCAUUGCGGUUCGAUGUCUGGCUAAGAAUCUCCUUGGGGUUGAGAACCGAGAGCUGAAGCUGGUGGCUCCCACUCUGCGUUCUGAACUCACGGUGGCGGCUGCAGUCCUGGUGCUGUUGGUGAUUGUGAUCAUCUCACUUAUUGUCCUGGUUGUCAUUUGGAAACAGAAACCAAGGUAUGAAAUUCGUUGGAGGGUCAUUGAAUCAAUCAGCCCCGAUGGACAUGAAUAUAUUUAUGUGGACCCGAUGCAGCUGCCUUAUGACUCGAGAUGGGAGUUUCCAAGAGAUGGACUGGUGCUUGGUCGUAUCCUGGGAUCUGGUGCAUUUGGGAAAGUGGUGGAAGGAACCGCCUAUGGAUUAAGCCGGUCCCAACCUGUAAUGAAAGUAGCCGUGAAGAUGCUAAAACCCACAGCCAGAUCCAGUGAAAAACAAGCUCUCAUGUCUGAACUGAAGAUAAUGACUCACCUGGGGCCACAUUUAAACAUUGUGAACUUGCUGGGCGCCUGUACCAAGUCAGGCCCCAUUUACAUCAUCACUGAGUACUGCUUCUAUGGGGACUUGGUCAACUAUUUGCAUAAGAAUAGGGAUAGCUUCCUGAGCCGCCACCCAGAGAAGCCAAAGAAAGAGCUGGACAUUUUUGGAUUGAACCCUGCUGAUGAAAGCACACGGAGUUACGUUAUUUUAUCUUUUGAAAACAAUGGUGACUACAUGGACAUGAAGCAAGCUGACACCACACAGUAUGUCCCCAUGCUGGAAAGGAAAGAGGUUUCUAAAUAUUCGGACAUCCAGAGGUCGCUGUAUGAUCGCCCAGCCUCAUAUAAGAAGAAAUCUGUGUUAGACUCAGAAGUCAAAAACCUCCUUUCGGAUGAUAACUCAGAAGGCCUUACUUUGUUGGAUUUGUUGAGCUUCACUUAUCAAGUUGCCCGAGGAAUGGAGUUUUUGGCUUCAAAGAAUUGUGUCCACCGAGACCUGGCCGCUCGCAACGUCCUCCUGGCGCAAGGGAAGAUUGUGAAGAUCUGUGACUUUGGCCUGGCCAGAGACAUCAUGCACGACUCCAACUACGUGUCCAAAGGCAGCACCUUUCUCCCUGUGAAGUGGAUGGCUCCCGAAAGUAUCUUCGACAACCUGUACACCACGCUGAGCGACGUCUGGUCUUACGGCAUUCUGCUCUGGGAGAUCUUUUCCCUUGGCGGCACACCCUACCCUGGCAUGAUGGUGGAUUCUACUUUCUACAAUAAGAUCAAGAGUGGGUACCGGAUGGCCAAGCCUGACCAUGCCACCAGUGAAGUCUAUGAGAUCAUGGUGAAGUGCUGGAACAGCGAGCCGGAGAAGAGACCCUCCUUUUACCACCUCAGUGAGAUUGUGGAGAAUCUGCUGCCUGGACAAUAUAAAAAGAGUUAUGAAAAGAUUCACCUGGACUUCUUGAAGAGCGACCAUCCCGCCGUGGCACGCAUGCGCGUGGACUCGGACAACGCUUACAUUGGCGUCACCUACAAAAACGAGGAAGACAAGCUGAAGGACUGGGAGGGUGGCCUUGAUGAGCAGAGGCUGAGCGCAGACAGCGGCUACAUCAUCCCUCUGCCUGACAUCGACCCCGUUCCUGAGGAGGAAGACCUGGGCAAGAGGAACAGACACAGCUCGCAAACCUCUGAAGAGAGUGCCAUUGAGACAGGUUCCAGCAGUUCUACCUUCAUUAAGAGAGAGGACGAGACCAUCGAGGACAUCGACAUGAUGGACGACAUUGGCAUAGACUCCUCAGACCUGGUGGAGGACAGCUUCCUGUAA